AUGCCUAAAAAACCUUUGGAUGCUAAUAAACCUCGUGGACCAGUAACAGCUUAUGCUUUAUUUGUUCGUACAUGUCGUGAUGAAUUACGUCGUAAAUAUCCUCAAUUAACAGUUGAUUAUAAUGUUAUUGCAAAGAAAUGUUCAGAACGUUGGAAAGUUAUGAAUGAUAGUGAAAAAAAACGUUUUAAUGAUACAGCGGAUUUACAACGUAAACGAUAUAAAGAAGAAAUGGCAACAUAUUUACAAGAACAAUCAGCUAAACAACAGCAACAACAACAACAAUCUGCAACAUCAUCAAUAUUACUUCAAACACCAUCAACACAAUAUCUUGUCGAACCACAACAACAUACAUUAAUUAUACCAACACAAACACAACAAACAGCCACAACAACAAUUCUUACUGUACCAAAAAAACCAGCAAAAAAACGUGAAAGAAAACCAAAAGAUCCACAUGCGCCGAAGAAACCUUUAUCAGCAUAUUUUCUUUUUUGUGCUGAUGAACGACCAAAAGUUCAUGGUUCACAGACAGGUAUGUCUGUAAGUGAUGUAGCACGAGAACUUGGUAUUCGAUGGAAAAAUGCUCCAAUUGAAUUAAAAAAUAAAUAUGAACAAGCAGCAUCAGAAAAAAAACAUGUUUAUCAAGCAGAAAUGGCUAUUUAUAAACAUCAAACAUCAACAAGUACAUCACCUCCUGAAACUCCUCAAACACCAUUAACACCACAUGAUUAUCAACCUCUUUUUUCAUCAACUUCUAUUCAACAACAACAACAACAACAACAUCCACAAUUACAACAUAUACUUCAACAACAACAUCAACAAAAUUUUACAUCAUAUGAUAAUGGUGAUACAUCUGAACAUCCAAAUGAAUUUGAUAUGAUAACAGGUGGACAUUCAGUUGGUGAAAAUGAUGUUUAA